AUGAAGGGAAUAUACGUGAAUAAAAAGAUGCAGCACAUUUGUGUGAACAAAAAAAUAAGACAAAAUGACAUUCCACAGCUCCGAAAAAUUGUAACUUCUUUUGUAGAAAGGUACCCCCUCAAAAGGGGGGGAAAAAUACACCACCUGAACAAACACCUAUAUGUAACUCUCGUCGUAUACAUCGUUAUUCACCGGAAUGGAAGAAACUUGGCCAACGUUUUGACUCGCUUCUUAAAUGGCUUCAUUCUUAAGUACCUUGGCUCGCUCUUCCGCGUUGUCAGUAACAAUCUAUGCAAGCGGGGAAAGGGCACAGAAGGGAGAACGCACAACGGUGUGUACUGCACCCACUUGUGGCGUUCGCUCCACCGUAGGGAGGCACUCUCAAGAAGCGCCCUAAGGUAUGUCUUCAUAAGGGCCCAUUUGAUAAGCACGUAUAGUAUUGUCUACGCAUAUGUGAAUGGCACUGUCGGGCGGGGGCUAUCUUAUCCCCGCGGCCAGCGCACCAGAUGGGGGCGCCACCACGGCGAGCACUACCCCGUAAAGGGUAACCUGUGGGGGGAUAACCUGUGGGGGGAUAACCUGUGGGGGAAUUUUACCCAGCGUGUAGAUGCGCGCCUCCUUUUCUACCUGGCCAAGUAUAGCCCCGCCCCCCAGCUUCAGGAAGAGUGGCUUGAAAAAAAGGGAAAAGAUGCACACUUCAAAGCAGUGGUAACCCCUUUUGAUGACCCGAGAAGGAAUUCCCCCCCUGGAAAGGCAGAGACAAUAGGAAGUAGCCACACCUACACCCUCAUCCGUCCAUCUCGAAAACGGCAUUUCGUUCUGUGCAGAUCUUUUCAUUCGCGUGUUACACAAUUUAUAAAUCGAACGAAUGGCAUGACUCUCAAGUAUAGGACUGGCGGGAAGGUCAUGGCCCACUUCCUCAGUUCUCUCCAAGGAGAGACAUUCAAAAGAGAGGCAUCUAAAAAGUUCGCAAAUAUAGUGAGCUGCCAGUUUAUGAAGCAUCCUCAAGGGGUGCCACAUCCACGUGAAGGGGACCAAAUGGCUAAGCAGUGGAAUAGCAGAGGAGGUGAAGGUAGUAACUCCACUCCAUUGAGCAGCAUCCAGGGGGGGAACACCACUCAUCGAAGGAGACACAUCAACAAAUUUUCCAGCGUGCUGAUCAGAGCUAUCUUAGGCAAACAUAUGGGAAGACAACCACCUCAGUUGGUUUGUAAGAAGCAGAAAGCAGAUUACUGUAAUAAGUGCAACAGACGUAUCAAAACUGGAGACGCUCAUAUGCGAAACACCGCGAGAAGGUUUAGCGCUAGACGCAACAACUACACAAUGCACCCAGUCAGCUCAAAGGAGGACACAAAUCAGGAGGAUUUCUACCCCGAAAUGGAGCUUCUUAAAAAGUGCUGCCACUACCAAAGGGUGGUACUCCAAAUGAUAAAUAGGCAUAAAGAAGUCAUGCAGAGUAGACAACACGAUGAAGAGAAGAAAAAUCACCUUAACUAUUUUCUUUUCACACGAAGGGGGGAUCUUGAUCCGAUACCCUGUUGGAAGGAAAACGGUCCAACAUUCAUGAGGAGAAAAAUGACACUCAAGGGAUUAAACGGUUGGCACAUCAACGAGUGGGGUGCCUCCCACAAAGGGCUACUAAAAGGUGUAAGUGGGACUACUGUACAUGCAUCGCUUGUGUCCCAUUUUAAGAGGCCAACGGGGGGGAAACUCAGCCCCAACGAACAGAUAACCCACCUGAUAAGGGGAAACACGUCCCUUAUAACCCUCUGCGAGAGGGCUAAACAGGUAGUGCUUCUCAUCGAAGGGGAAAAAUUUGAAGUAAUCACGAAAUGGAUGCAGACGAUGAAAUGUUUCACGCAUACGUACGGGGAGACCUUUCUAGCAGUACUGCACCUGUUGCGACCGCGGGGCAUGGGUUCCAAGACACCUGCUGCUCUAACAGUUCAGCGUAGAAGAGGGAACUCUACAGGAAAGCAGCACAAACCAGGUGGGAACCGCUUAGGAAAGAAGUACCCAUCACAGAUUGGAAGUUACUUUUCCCCCGAGAAGCUUCACUCCUUUGUAUACCUCUUCCUGCGAGUGUUCACCUCGUAUGUUUAUUUGCUUUUUCACGCCAUGCGCAAAUACAGGAGGGACGUCAAAAAGAGGUAUAUUCUGCUAAAAAUUGCAAUUAUCAACAGGGGAGGCACAUCCAACAAAAGGGGAAAGCAGAAUGGAGUGCCAAUCGAGACAGGGAUGAAACUCCCACUCGCAACAGACGUGGUGAUUACCAAAAAGGGUGAAGGGGAAUACUACCAAAGCCUCUUUAUCUCGCUCAUAUGGAAACUUUCCAGCAGUUCUGACGUUCCAUUUGUGCCACUUUGGAAGAAUGGACAUCACGUGAAGGAGGUAAAACCUGUUCUUGUCUACCUCCUUGAAACGCUCUUAAGAAUCAUAAACAGGAGUCAUCAGAAGAGGGGCAACCCCCAUUUGGGAAAAAAUAAAAAUGAAGAUUGCGCAGGUGGGGCAAAUUGCACAGAUCGCACAGAUUGCACAUAUGGCACAAAUUGUGAGGUAAAUCUCGAGCGAGUGGCACACCUGGUGGAGGAGCAAAUUCUGUGCAUAUUUUUAAAAAAGAAGUUUUUUUCCCACUUUGAAGAACUCCUCAUACAUGGUGAUGAGACUGGGGAGGGGAGGCCCCCUAGUCGAUGUCCCCUCAAGUGGGCAGAGCCUAUUGCUCACCAAAUUCUGCACCAGGGGAGGAGCAAACGGAUUUGGCUUCGAAAAUAUUAUAAGAUGUAUUUGCACUUCCUGAGGUAUAUCGAAAGGGGUCACAUUUUCAAAGGCGAAAAAAUGGUGCCCCUCCAGAAGAGACACUGUUUCUCAUUUCCCAAUGGGGAGGAAUCAUUUCGAGAAAAAGGAAAAGCGACAUGGUUGUCCCAUUUUAAAGAAAAAUUUGGAAAAAUAAAAAACAAGUUUUACAUACAUAUGGGGAAGAAGUACUUUCUGCUUUUCACCAUCAUGUGUUGUGCAAAAAGGUCCCAAGGGGCCACCCCCUUCUUGACGAUAUUUUUAAAAAUUUUGUUUUCCCUAUCGGAGCAGAAGAAUUUCCUUUUGCAGUUUUACUUUUACAAGGUGAGAAUUUUGGAAUUCAUCCUGCACUGUCUCGGAGAAAAUGGCAGCGGUGACCAUUCCGACGGCGUCUCACCCAAAGCAGUUGACAUGCGAAAGCAAGGGGAGGAACAAUCUCUUCGUAUAGGGAGCAAAAGUAACACCAGUGGGAGGGAAACAAAUAAAGAAGAUAACCACCUCUGCAUUUUGAGCCCCCCGUCAGGAAACCCUAAUAGUGUAGGAAGUAGAAAGGUGGGGAAAGAAAUUUUUGUUCGCCCCCUUGCAUUAAAUCGUCUUCAGAACCGCUCCCCAAGGUACUUCAUCCAGAAGAAGUCCCCCAUUUUGGAGGAGCAGACCAACGAAUUAUGCACCUCGCUGUCCUCAGAGACACGUCAUGAUCACCAAGAUUGUUAUGUAAAUUCGGCGCGCAGAACUAAUGGAAAGGCACACUCGUCGAGGGAAGAAACCGAUUCGGUAGCGAGAUAUGGGUCAGAUUGUCCAGGGGAAGACAAAUGGGCGAAAGUUGCACCGAUUGGGAAUGCCCUCAAAAAUAUCGAUGUUUCCACGUGGACAAUCCUCCUGAUCUUUUCCCUCUGCACGUCCUACAGUAGGAAGGACCUGAACUGCUUCUACUUCAAUGAGAAUUAUUACGGUCAGAAUGAACACGUUCUAGGCAGAUUUUACCACCACAUCGGCCUCGCGAGGGGGAAGACGUUCAGUUUUCCCAAAAUUCCCCGCAAGUACGCCCCCCUUGACGAACUUAUAAACGCAGAAGACAUACCGAUCAUGAAGGUGCUGCAGCUUCAUUUGAGCCAACAGAAUGGACAAAAGCUUCUUCGCCGAGUAAAAAAAUUCAUACAGGGUAACGCCCCACUGCAGAUGCUGUACAACCUUGCUGUGGUUAGCGAUAUGAAGCAUUUGCAUUUUCUGAGGAAAAUAAAUGAAGACGGGAAUGGAACGGUACACUUAUGUUCGCAUUCAAUUUUCCCACAUAAAGCAUUCAUUAUAAAGUUGAUAAAGAUACAGAAGCAUGUCAACGAAAAUUACGCUUUUAAAAACAUCUUCGAUGAAAUAAAAUGCCUCCGAACAUUUAAACAUGUGCAUGGCAGCAUAUGCCAAAUGUACCAAUACGGGGUUAAAAAAAGUGGCCAUUGUAGGACCUUCACUUAUUACAUACUAAUGCAGCAUUAUGAUGACAAUUUAAAAAAUUAUAUAAAUUAUUUACACGAAUAUUACUUGCUAAGAAGAGAAAGAAUUGUUCGUGAAAAUGUGUUGCCCUUUGGGCGCCUCCAGGGAAUGGACAGAAAUGGACAUUUACUGUUCAGGAAAGAAAAAAUUUUAAAAAAAAUAACAAAUGAAAUGCCCCAAUGGAAGGGACAAUACAGAGAAGGAAAAUCCACAAAAAUGAAUUUAUCAUUAUAUUAUGCCAUGUUGAGAAAGAGCAUCCGUAUCAGGGUAACCCAGUUACAACACGUGACGUCUGUUUUGAGGUUGUUCGGACGAAUUGUGCAAACCGUUAUGCGCAUACAUAGAAGACAGAUAAUCCAUUUUGACAUUAACUCAAGUAACAUUUUGAUAAAUUAUGACAGAUCUGCUGUGUCACCAUUAAAUGGGAAAGCUCCGUUUGAUGCAUCCCCACGUCGUCGGAAUGGACAUCACAAGAAGGGAGAAAAUCCUCUCCAAAUGGGAAACAACCCGUCUUCCUCCUUUUUUGCACCCCAGAUGAGUUACCUCACCCAUUCAUGCAAAAAAAUAAAAACAACAAAAAUGGAGAGACGGGCGAAAAGUGGAAGCACAGAAGAAAAUUUAAACCCAAUGAAGAAUAACACAACAGGGGGGAUCAAUCUGGACAGAAUGAGCUUCGUGCCCACUUCUCACUGUUAUGCUACAGCUGUCCAAAGGAAACAUGUCCCCAGUAUGGGUGAAGUUCCUAACCUUCCAUCCAUCGUCAUUAACGACUUUGGAGAAAGUAAAGCCUUUUUCAGCAAUAAGGAUUUCCUAUUUUUUCGAACAUGCAGGGGAAACGAAAUGAUGGCUGCGCCCGAGCUGAUGAAAAUGGGUACGCGGAAGGAGAAAAGGAGAGGGGACACAGCCACUGAUAACCACAUAUUCCGCAGCAGAACUGCGGGUUUAGCAACAAAGUGGCUGAGCAGAGAAGGAGCCCACAAUCGAAUUACAGCCAAUUCAGCGAACUUUAAAAUUGUUGUCCCAAUGGGAAGCAGCCAAGCCAUUAUCGUCCUGAAGAAGAAUAAAAAAAGUCAUAACCAUGUGGGAAGAAGCGACCCCCAGAGAUUGACCAUUCGGAAGGAGUCCCCAUUUCGAUAUUGCAAACAGAUUGACGAAAUGAAGAGACUGCUAAAAAAGAAGCUGUUGAAGAGGCGAAACUUUCACAGGAGAAGAAGAGACAUCCAAAAAAGCGACGUGUGGUUACUUGGCUUUCUACUUUUCGAGAUGAUUACAAAUGAAGCAUUAACAAAUGAGUGCAACAUCUUUUUGUACAUAAAGAUAGAUCAGACGAAAGACCUACUCGAUAAAAUGAUUAACAAAAAAAUUGACAAGAAUUUGAAGAAAAUUAAAAAAUUUUUCCAUUUUUUUUUCCAGUUUGACGUGAGGAAGAGGAAAUCCAUCGACGAAAUAUAUGCACACUGUGUUCAGCUCUAUCUUUAUUAUGACGCAAAGUUAAAGAGGCAUAGCGAAUUGCUAAAAUGGGUGGAGGGGACAAGCGUGAAUAAUGUCUUUCCAGGGGAAAAACCUCAUAUGCGCAAUGAGGACAUUGUCUUCCCAACGCGAGGGACGAAUAUUCUACGGUUUCCCCCGCAACAGGUGGUAGUAAAAAGGAACGGGAGUUACCCACUCCACACUUUGGAGUCGCAUGCCCAUCUCGUUACAAAUUCUCAGGAAGGAAAUGAAAUUCGAGCCAGUGACAAACAUAACUUCGUCUCUUAUAUCGUUGUGAAGAACGGAAAGUACACAGAGCUGCCUCUCAACGUGCGUUACCCAUCAUGUGCUAGUCGACGCCCCUUCCAAAGGGUGCAAUCUAUUCAAAAUGUGCAUUCCGUUCGAAAUAUGCAAUCUGUGCGGAAUGCCAAAAUGCUUCUCCACGGGCUGGCCACACAUAACGUACUGAAGGUGGGCAAUGUUUACCUUAUUGCUCACAUGGACAGGGAAGCAAAAGAGUUUAUCGAUUUGCCCCACUUCGGAGAAGGCCCAGUUUUUGUUUUUCCCCCCAAGAUGAAUCAACAGCUAAUUUCUAUUUAUAACCAGAGGAAGAGAAACAUCACGCAUAUUCCCACUUUGUAUUUAAAAAAAAAACUCUUUUAUAAGAAAAACAAACACACAAAAAAUGAAUUUUAUAGGCAUCUUAACAAACUUACGGGGAGAGGUAGCCCCAUGUGGAGCCACUUCUGUAAACAUAGCAAAAUGAAGAUGUACAAAAAUAAGAUGAAAAGUUUUGCUCAUUUUUUCUUUUUUUUUUUUAUGAACAUUCAGGUGAAAAUUCAUCAGCAAGCCAAUUCGACAGAUAAAAAAAAAUUUUUUUUUUUCAUUUUGGGCAAUGAAAAAAGUGUGUACGAUGUUAACUCCGUCGAGAAAAUACACACAUUGGAGCUCUACAAUUUCGCAAACCUUUUUUUGUUUUUUUUCGUGUGUGUCACGUUGAAGACAGAUCCAGUGGAUUUGUUUUUCCUUUUGCAAACGAGCGAGUCAUUUUCUUUGUCGGAAAUGGACACGGAUUUGCUGCAAUUGCUUAUGCGCACCUUUUUUUUAAGUUAA